GGUCAACCACUCCAACACAGCUUCCGAUGACACCACUGGCUGCUAACUUUCCAACUGCGGCGCCGCUCAGCCUUUAAAAAAAGUUUCAAGAUUGGCCGCAGCACUUCAAACCCCACGUCUUAGUAUACUCCAUGAUGCAGACACUUGUCUUGUAUGACACCCUCUCCAACCUACCAGGCAAUAGCUGGUCACCCAACCCCGCAAAGCCGAGGUUCAUUUUGAGCUACAAGGGUCUUCCAUUCGUGACCGUCUGGGUCGAAUACUCAGACAUCUCGAUCGCUAUGAAGGCCAUCGGUGCAAAGCCAAACAAACGUCCAGACGGCACGGAUGUUUACCCUGUCCCGGUCCUCAGCGACCCUAACACCGGCGCACUCAUCACCGACUCCCUCGAAAUCGCCUCCUACCUCGAAAAGACAUAUCCAGAGAAGCCUAUUUUCCCUAACAAUUCAGAAUCCCUGAUAUGUGAGUUCGACUCUGCCCAUAUCAAACUCAUUAUACCUGCUGUAAAGUCUACCUUCAUAUGUUCCACGGAAAUAUUGAGUCCUGUAAGUGCAAAGUUCUUUAUCAAAGUCCGUUCGAUGGACGUCCCGCUACCUUGGGAUGCGAAUUACAAUGAAGACUGGGCCCUACUAGAGAAGGGGCACAAUACUGCGUACGAAUGGUACCAGAAGACAGACGGAAAGUGGUUCAUGGGCGACACUUUUUCGUAUGCAGACAUCAUCGUGGCUUGCUGGUUGCUGUGGUUCAAACGAGUCCUGAAGGAGGAUGAGUGGGUCAGGAUCAGUUCUUGGAAUGGGGGGAAAUGGGCUCAAGUUCUUGCAGACGUUGAGAAGGAGUGUGGAUUAGCGUAGGAGACUGCGUGUACUAUAUUCAGAGGCAUUUAAAAUAAUGUCGAGUUUUUUCAACAGGUUAACCCAGGCCACCA